AUGCUGCGCGCGUUUCGCUCGCUCGACGCGCUCACGAGCGCACCCGCGCACUUGCGUCGGAAAACGUCCACGGGCGCCGUCGUGUCGCUGUGCGGGACGUUCGUGGCUGUCAUCUUGACGCUCUCGCAGACGAUCGACUUCUUCACCCCGCUGCGGACGAAGACGACGCGCGUGGACGAACAGCGCGCGGGAGAGAUGACGAUGGACAUCGAUGUGACGUUCACGCGCAUGCCGUGUCAGAUUCUGUACGUGGACGCGUACGACGCGAGUGGGAAACACGAGGUGGACGUGCGCGGACGGUUGAUGAAGACGCGCCUGGACGCGGCGGGACGAGAGCUGGGAGAGUACGAGUCCGCGGGAGGGGUCGAUCUGGGUGGAUUAGUGUUAUUUCGACGACGACCCGAGCACGGGAGCGAGGUGAGGAAGGCGAAGGCGGACAUGGAGGGGUGCCGGUUGCACGGACGCGUGGAGGCGCGGCGCGUGGCGGGAUCGCUGCGGAUAUCCACCGGACCGGAGUCGUUCGAAUUCUUACGAGAGAUGUUCAAUGAGCCGUGGGAGAUCGAUGCGAGGCACGCGAUUAAGACGUUCGCGUUCGGACCGGAGUUUCCGGGGUCGGUGAAUCCGUUGAACGGGGUGAAGAGGAAGGAGAAGAAGAGCGGGAUUUACAAGUACUUCAUGAAAGUCGUGCCGACGACGUACGCCAACUCACGAAACUUGUUCGGGAUGAUUCCGUGGACGAUGCGCGUGCGAACGAAUCAGUACAGCGUCACGGAGCACUUCACCGAGAGCGCGCAUUGGGGCAUGCUACCGCAAAUUCUCUUCAGCUACGACAUAUCCGCCAUCUCGGUGAACGUCGAGUCGCAGUCAAAGAGCGGGGUUUACUUUCUCACGAAAACGAUCGCGACGGUCGGAGGCGUGUUCGCGUUGACAAGAACCAUAGAUAGAUACGUCGAUCUCGCAGUUCGCGUGACCUCGACGCAGUAG